UAAGCAGCCACGCAGCGUAAAGAAGGCAAGAGCGAAAGAAAAGCCAGAAAACCAGAAAGCAUCACGAAAGUCAAUACCAAGAACGUUUCGGAUCAUUUUGAACUUGAACUUGACAAAAAACUCAGCCAAACUCAAGCAACUCAGCCCCAACGCUGACGCAUCGGUUUAUGCUUGCCUCCACCACCCGACGACCUUCAUAAGUAUAAUUCUUGUCACCUCGGAUAAUCGGAUCGUAUAAAUAUGUACUGCGAUACAAGUACAUAACAAUACCUACAUAUCUCAGCCUCUCCACCGAGUUUCUAUUUAUAUUUAUAUUUAGAUUCAACCCAACCCCAUGGUUGAACCUUGAGUCGACAGACAAACUCUACGCAAGACUCCUCGACACGAGGUGGCUCGAUCAAAUAAACUUCACUACACUGGGCUCUCGCAGCAUUUCAGAGCAUUAUUUCCACCUCCCGGAGAGGCACCUUCACUUUAUUCAUCCCUGUCAAUUGCCCUCACCGUAACAGGAUAAUUUACGUCUGCAGGCGUAAAUUCUUAUAUUAGUCCAUUUAUUCGCAUACAUACACCUCAGCGGUUCGCCGAACCACACACCCUAUCAACUAUGGAAGAGCAAAUCGAGGCACGUUCGCUGGCCUCGCUUAAUUAUUUAGCUGCCAAUCCGCCUCAGUAUCCGAAAAAGCCAACCGAAGAAAGGCAAAAUCCGAUCACUCUGUAUAUUUCGAGAGUACCCGGCACGAGGGACAUCAUUCUCUCAACCUUGAAGCCACAGGUUAAGAACGUUACAGCAGAAGAUGUAGCCAACUCAUUUUACUAUGUUCAUCUGAAUACCCCCGAGGACGAGGCCCUCAUAUCUCCUCCCGGCCAGCCCAAGCCUUCAUCGUCUCCUAGAACGAGCGGGGAGAGCUCAAGGUCGUGUAAUCAGAUUCAUAGGAAACCCGUACCGGGGUCCUCAAGUCUUGCCUCGUCGCGAGUAGAUGAAAACGUGCAGUUACCUCCAUCCGGAAAGGAGAACCAGACCGGUGCCGGCUCGGUGCAGCUUCCGCUCCGAACCGCAGUCCAACAACCUGGUUCAUCCGCUCCUUUAUCCGAGCGGCCCCCACCAUAUCAAUUCGCAACACCGACGAGUCCCAUUCAGCGGAAACCUCUAGGGCCAAGACAAGGUAAUUUAGACUCUUACGAGAAAAGUCUACCGCCUGUGCCGGUCUAUAAUCAAUUUCCCGAUUAUCAAACUGGUUUAAAUGUUGAUCAACCUCCUCCGCUACCAACACGACCUAGCGAGCAGCCAACAUUACAACGACUUUCCGAUCAGUAUGCUUCUCCAUAUGGUAACGGUCGAUCACCGUCACCCAAAUCGCCCACUAGGUCUUUCACUCCGUUUUCAUUAACUCUCAUAAGAAGAGACCCGAGUUCGGGGCAACAAUGGAACGUUGGGAAGGUAGCAUCAUUUCAACUGGAGAACCCAGAGCUCAUCAGCGAUGACAAGUAUCACCAACCAUCUCCUUCGAUCAGCAUACACUUAGAGACGUCCGGCUAUGCUAAGUUUCGUGGCAUGCCCACCCACCCACCAACAGAUAUAAGAUCUAGCCUUGAUAUACGCCCUGGGAGCGCAUCGUCAGGAUCGCGGCUACAGCGGUCCGAGUUUCUUGGACAUAACACGGCCUCGAAUACCUUUGAACGUCAAGUCAUGAUGGCAUACUCGAAAUCCUUCGCCACUAACUUGCGUGAAAAGUUCAAUCAUCAUCGCAGUCGCUCAGAAGAAGAACGAAUGGGUUUACCUACCAUUCAGACUCAACACGGUCGUCACAGUAGCCAGGGGUCUAUUGCGUCGUUUGGCGGAGACUUUGAUGGCGGCGAUGCCCCUGUAAUUACUCAACCCGCACCGGGCCUCAAGCCACGUGGCUACGUAUUCUACAGCCCGUGGGGUGGCCGCUGCGAAUUCGUAACCGGAAAUGCUGGACGGAGUCUCGCGUGUAAUCAUAUCCUACCCACAUAUGGCGGCGGCGUUUUCAACCCUCUUGUAGACGGGCACGAGUCGGGGAACAGAAGCCACAAGACCAGAGGGCAGCCAAUCAGCGAACUAAGGUUCAAUUUACCUAGCAGCGAGUUGUUUGCCGAGAAGCGAUCUACCGAAGGAAGUGUCAGGACUAGGGAUCAGCUGCAAAGCCAAUUCAACAAGGUUUUCCACGGCCUCGAGCAUGACGAAGACGGAGAUUGGCACCUCGACAUGAGUCUAGGCAGAGAGAAAGCAGGCGGCGGUAACAGAGGAAAGAGAGCCAAGAUGGGGAAGUUGAUUGUGUUUGACGAAGGCCUCAAGAUGCUGGACCUCGUCGUGGCGGCCAACGUCGGAGUUUGGUGGACCUCCUGGGAACGAACGUACUAAUCGCUAUUCGAUAUUAUUACGAAUUCGGACCAUAAUCCUAAUGGCAAUGGCAAGCGUAAUGGAGUGGAAUAGGGGCAACGGCAGGGUGCCAAAAGUUAACGAAACCAUCCGGAGGAAUAAAAUAUGGACCGGCCUGCAUGAGAUACCAGGGGCGUACGUAGGAUCAGUGCUUCGGAAAUCAUAUUGCGUUCAAGCAAGCCAGCGUUGAAUUAGUCAUUGGCAAAUAGGGGCUUACUCAGGAGCUGUAAUAAGGUAUGGCGGAUAUACGACCUAUACUAUAUAAUGGUUUCAAGCCAGCUCUCAGCUUUAUCUGAAUACAUAUGCUUUCACCAGUCGGUGGGCAUCGUUAUUGAUAUUCUACCUAGGUAUGAUAUGGGUUUAGCCGAGUAUGGAAAGCGAGGCCAAAGAUUUUACUCGGUGAUAAUUGAUUAUGCAAUCGGUAGUGUCAUAGUUAAGUGCAUAGUAUUCCGUACAUUUCAAUUAUUGAGAUUAUAGAGAACUAAAG